AUGCUCCAAUUUAACAUUAAAAGAGAACCUGAGAACAAAGUUUCAAUUUUAAAAUCUACAUUAUAAGAGACAGUGCUCUUGUAUCUAACAGGAACAACGCCUGUGAUGAACUCUAAUGGCAUCACGAGUACAGUCCGUGUUUUACACGUUGCCUGGGAACAACGCAGCUCCCGUUUGAUUCACCACGACUCGCUCGUUUCAUCACAGCGAGUUUAACGGGAACGACAGAUACCGAAAGUCACACAACAUGGAGGAAGAGUGCACAACUUUACCAGUUUAAACAACAUCUCUGAUAAUCGACAAGUGACAUCCAACAGCGGGAAGCGAGUAUUUCACGUGAGGAAUCAUUGGACUCGAGCGCGGAGCUUUUAAGCUGGAAACAUCCGUGAACAUCUGAUCUGAGACACAACAUCAAAUAACACUGAGGUAAACAAGUCUGAUCUCAGAAUAUAUAUGUACAAUUAAUCCGAAAAUGUAUAUCGCUUCUGCUAAUAUCCUACUUAAAGGAAGUGUUAUCCCGGUCGUCUUUAAAAGCACCCCAGAUUUUACGUUUGAUUUCAUUUUGCCUUGGCUAUACGUAUUUCAGUGUCUUAAGAUUGUCUUUAUAGGGUUUCAUCAGUAUAUCGUCAUAUGAUCCAUAAAUGAUGAGCAAAUGAUCAGAAUGUAGAUCAGAGUCUAUAAAGAUGAAUUGGGAGCUGUCCGCGGUCCUGAAAGCGCUAUGAAGACAAAGUACUUGCGUACAUAAAUGUUCAAACAAACUUCAUUCUGUCUCGGUCCUUUUGAAAUAAAAUGACAUCAGUUUGGAUUUAAAAAGUUUUUAAAUUGUCUCAAAAGCGAAAAUAUUCAAAGAGCGAAUGAAUGACCUGCUGUUAAGAUUUCUGCUUCACACUACUUUGUAGACCGUGCUACUAUUUUACCUUUCAAACUAACCAGAGUUUUAUUUUUAAACUUAAGAUAAGAUGCAAUAUCUAAUGAAACAUCCCUAGGCUGGGUUUCAAAUCUAACAAUAUCCAUACAUAAAACUUAGAAAGGACUGUUGUCUCCUACCCUCUUCAUUGAGUUCUUGGAUGUAGUAACAUAGCUUAUGUCCAUUUGCCUGCUGUGUUCAAUCACUAUAGAAACAAGAGUGGUUAAGCUUUAAAUGUGUCUAUAGAGCAGUCUUUCCCAGCAUGCUACCCUUCCGUCAGACUAAAAUAGUCGAGACGAUCAUAUCGUAUGUACAGCAGAAUAAAUAUAGAUCAUGCUUUGAAAAACAAGCCAACUGCUUUACCAAAAGGGAAGAUGAAAUAUCCUGUCAAAAAAUGUAUAUUGACUUAUUAGAUAAAGCUUUAUUUCAAGCCACCAUAGCAAGGUUUGCUAUUCAUAAUGUACUGUACAUCAUAUUUCAGUGCUAUUUAUCUUUCUGAAUUUUACAAGCCAUUUUGUCAGAGAAUGUAGAAAUCAUUACUGUCUUGGGUUGAGACGUGACGGAUUUUUGACUCAGAAUCUGUUUCUAUAAAGAAGUAAUGAUGUACGAAUAAUUCUCCAUUACUAACCAACCUCUGCUUGUUACUCUAGUUGUUAUGAAACGGUGAGUCACAGUUCUAAUGGAUUUAAGGGUCAUACGUAUCCAACAUUUCAAUCCAUUUCAGCUGACUAUUAUAAUAGCGCUCAGGCAAAAAUAACCACUUCCUGCUCUAACAGGAAAUAGAUUCUAUUAAAAUUUUGGAAAAUUUUCUCUGAGCCGAUGGUUUUGAGAGCACGGCUUUUCGCUGCAAUGGGCUUUGUGAUGUGUGACUUGACAUUCAGCCGGAUAGACAGCUCUCUCCUCCCGAAGGCAGAAAUUUGAAUGCAUCACUCCAAAAGACAGACAACUCGCAUACCAUAAACCAUCAGACAUGAAUGACGACCAAGAGAGACAGGAAACCCACUUCUUUCGAAUGAUGUUGUACAAAAUAAGCGUUUCAUCUAGCUCGUUCUCUUUCUCUUUUCAUUUUUUUAAUCGAAACAGAAAAGAUUAGACCCUUAUCGAUUUCACCUCUCUCACGGGAAGAGGUUGUUUUUGUCUGUCUGUUUAUUUAUCCUGACAGGUCUUUUUAUUUAUUUUAGGGCUGCUGCUCUCCAGUAAACACUCUGUGAUGCUGUAGACACCAAGAUCAAAAACACUUCUCUCAAGGAUGAAGAUCAGAGCCUCCAAAAUAAACAUUCUUGUGUCUAUUUGCUUUGUAUACAGAGUCUUGAACAGUCCUGCGGUCUAACCUGGUACAAAAGUAGGAUGGCCAAAGCAUUCCAUAGACUACUGCACUUCUUAAGGCGGGCACAGUUGCUCCUCCUUUUCCUGGGCGUGGCUUACAUCAUGGCAGGAAGUGUUUUAAUGUAUCAACGCUUUAGUUUUUCAUCCCUUCAGAGAGAAACGGAUAGCAUUACGAUCCCCUCGCUACCCGCACCGCCAGGUGCUCAGGAAGAUCCUGCUGUCAGAUGGUUUUACAGGAGGAAUGGUGCCAGACUUAUGCUGGAUGAGGAGAACCAACCUGUUGAUCUUUCAGGUAGCAGAUCAGCCCAGAAACACCUCAGAUCUCACAGUUUGGAAAGCAGAUAUAAGAGACGUCGCUGGUUCCAGGGAAAUACAGAUGAACAGCAAAGACCUCCUGAACGUAAUCUGUUACAUAAGAAAAACAGACAUAAGGGGACCUACAUUGGAUGUUUCAUAAACAACGAAACGGAACACGCACUUGGAGGCAUCGUUCUUUAUGACUUCCGUAAAAUGACCAGUGCCUUGUGUCAGGACACCUGCUCAGAGAGUGGAUUCCGGUAUGCAGGGCUGGAAUAUGGAGCGGAGUGUCACUGUGGCAACAGAGUCUGUGCCCGUCGGGCUCGUGGAGAGGAAUGUUAUCUGGAUUGUCGGGGAGAAAAGGGACCCCCCUGUGGAGGGGUGGGACGCAUGUCUGUCUACAGAGUUGAGGAUCGGCUUCCUGGUCAGAGAAAAUACAGAACUGUGCACUACCACGGAUGUUUCAAGAAGCCAAAGAACUCGACUGACAACGUCCUCGUCAAGACCUCUGGGCUCACACACACCCCUCAAGAGUGCAUAGAGAUCUGCACUGAACAGGAGCUGCCAUUAGCCUUUUUAAGAGGGCGGGAUUGUUUCUGCGACCACGCCCCCUUUGUCUUUACACUGCAGUGGAGUGGACAGGAACACACAUGUGGGAGGGGCAACCAAACAAACCGCACCUCCCAACAUGACCUCAACUACCUCCAGGUGUACAGUACGCCUGUUUUAGAUGCAAAAUGCAAAGAAAGAAACUUUCUGCCCCAGAGGUCCAGCACUCUUGUGGCCCUGUCCAGCUUUCCAGGGGCAGGAAACACCUGGCUGCGACACCUGAUCGAGUCGGCCACUGGAUUCUACACUGGCAGUUAUUACUUUGACGGAUCGCUUUAUAACAAAGGUUUUAAAGGUGAGAAAGAUCACUGGCAGAGCGGAAGAGUCCUUUGCGUCAAGACUCACGAGAGCGGCCAGCGGGAGAUUGAAAUGUUUGACUCUGCCAUCCUGCUGAUGCGAAACCCCUAUCGCUCGCUCAUGGCGGAGUUUAACCGCAAGUGUGCCGGACACCUGGGCUACGCUUCAGACGCUCACUGGAGGAGCAAAGAGUGGUUGGAGUUUGUGGACAGUUAUUCCUCCUGGUGGGUGUCUCAUGCUGUGGCUUGGUUGAAGUUCGCCCGUCGUCUGCUGGUGGUUCACUUCGAGAAUCUUCAGAAAGAUCUUGUUCCACAGUUUAAGACCAUCACUGCUUUCCUGAACAUCAGCAUUCCCGAGGAAAGACUUCUCUGCACGGAAAGCAACAGAGAUGGACAUUUUAAACGCUCUGGAUCUCGUAUUCUGACCUUUGAACCCUUUACCUCUGAAAUGAGAGAACGUAUAGAUAAAUACAUCCAAACUGUUGAUAAAGCUCUCAGAGACAGAAACCUCAGUGGAAUACCAAAGGAGUACAUGCACAGAUGAGAUUACAUGAACACAGCUAUCGCCCCCUACUGGAGUGGAUGAAGCGGAACCACAAAGUGCCUCAAAUGACGUCUCUAAAAACUUUAAAAACAAAAAAACUAUUUUUUGGUUGGUCUUAUACUU